UCGAAAUCCCGAGGUAUUGUUGAGUCAUUUCAAAUUGAUUGGUGCAGUUAUUAAUUACGAUGCCAAAGUCCGGAUGUAAUGUGCUCAUGUGAAGUCACGUGACUUUCUAACGAAUGGGUAAAACCUCGUCACCGCGGAAACAUAUGAACUUUGAAACGCCAUUUAUAACUACCGAACGGUUGUGUGGUCGUCUCAUUUACCAACUGACGGUUUGGAGGCCAAACACAAAUCUACAGGUUUUAAAGAGAAAAACAGCUGAUUUUUAAAGAUGUCGGAUUCGGCAGGUGAGCAAGAACCGCAAACCCCCAAGGCCAAAGCGCCGGUGGAUCUGACUGGCAAGUGGAAGCUGAUCAAAAACGAGAACUAUGACGAGUUUCUGCAAGCGCUGGGCGUUGGCAAAAUCGCCCGCGUGGCGGCUAGCUCCCAGGCUCCCACCAUGGAAAUCAAACAGGAUGACGACGACAACAUGGUGGUGACCCUCUCCACGCCCAUGCGCUCCAUGGAGGACCGGUACACGGUCGGGCAGGAGUUCACCAACCCGGACUCGACCCUGGACGGAGAGGAGGCCACCUACAUGCCCAGCUGGGACCGGGAGGGCAAGAAACUGUCCAUCCGGAACAUGAGUCGACCGGAGGAUGGGAUCCACAUCACCAGGGAGCUGGUUGGAGGGAUGCUGGUGCAGACGCAGAUGGUUGGCACGGUGGUUGCCAAGCGAUACUUUGUACGAACUGUCUAGAAGAUGAUGCUACCAUUCCUUACAAAUUGCCAGUACUGCUUCUAUAUUAACGCAGGAUUUUGACAGAG